GUGCGACGACAAUAAGUAAGCGGUCACCCACCAUUUGGGACGAGACGCAACACUUCCGUCGACGCCGCGGUCGCUGGGAAGUGUAGUGACUGUUAGUAUAGCGAUGAGUCAGGGGUUGAAGCAAUUGGCGGGAUUGAGAUCGUGUUUGUCAAGGGGUGUUGGGGCUAGUGGCAGGAGUAGCAGCAAAACGGUGAGUAGGAGCCGGUGGUUGGGAGGAAGAGGAGGAGGAGAGGAGGAGGAGGAGGUAGGUCCGAGGUCGCCGCCGUGGCAAUUGCUGGGAGGUGGGGGUCAUCAUUGGGGUUGGCGAGGCCGUCGUGCGGCACUUUGCGCUGUGCUUGGGGUCGGAGCACGUGGAGCGGGCGGCUCGGAACACGUGGCACGGUGCUGUGUACACGUGGCAUGCCCGCUGGCGCGUACGGCGGGAGCGGCUGAGAAGGACGAAAGAGUGGAUAGUGCGAAGGACUGCAGGGGGAGAAUGGAUGUGCAAGAGCAAGCGCAAGCGAUGCCUGCAGGGGAGGGCGGCGAGGGGCCGGUGAAAGGACCGGCCAGUGUUUCCAAUGGACCAUCUUCUUGUCAGAUUGACCUUUCUUCUAGUACAGCUGCUCCUGCAGCAAAAGUCAAAUUCUCCUACGAUGGGUUCCACGUGUUGCGCGAGGGAGAUGCUGAAAUACUCCAGCGAGGCAACGAUGUCUUCUACAACAAAGCGCAGAUUGUCAAUCGAGAUUUGUCAAUUGCAGUAUUGCGCUCAUUCGUCGAUUUCAGAAAGCAGGAGUUGAAUGAUAAGACAUACCGAAAGCCCAAGGGAGGCCACGGGAGUGCACUCCUUCCAGAAAAGAAGGAUGGGAAAGAUGAAGUCCGUGGUAAUGCAGGGCCUUUGCCGGAGCAGCCGAGUGAAGAAGUGCCAGGUGAGCAGAGGGCGGAUAAAACAGUUGGAGAUUCAGCAGCAGAACCUUGUAAAGAGGACUUAGGGGAUAAGGCUGCAGAUGACAAGUCCACAAAGAUCACAGGUGAUAGCGGAGACGGAAAAACAGAGAAUGAGACAAUAGAGAAGACAGGGGAAGUGACGGAAGUGGGUAUACCAGGAGUUCGAAUUUUGGAGGCUCUUGCCGCAUCUGGUCUUCGAGCAAUUCGGUAUACAAGGGAAGUUGAGGGAGUUGCAUCAGUUGUUGCUAUUGAUAAUGACAAAGUGGCUGUAGAGGCAUGCCAGCGUAACGUUCAGUUCAAUGGGGCACCAGCUUCAAAUGUGGAGGUUUUGGAGGGUGAUUGCCGCUUGUAUAUGCUGACGCAGGAAAAGAAGUUUGAUGUUGUAGACCUAGACCCUUAUGGAUCCCCCUCCGUUUUCCUAGAUUCAGCGGUGCAGGCGGUAUGUGAUGGCGGUCUUCUCAUGUGCACUGCCACUGAUAUGGCUGUCCUUUGCGGGAAUAGUGGCGAGGUCUGCUAUGGCAAAUAUGGCGCUUUUCCAGUCAGGGCCAAGUACUGCCACGAGAUGGCCCUUCGCAUUUUGCUUGCUUCAAUUGAGAGUCAUGCCAAUCGAUAUAAGAGAUACAUUGUACCAUUGAUUUCCAUCUCUGUUGAUUUUUACGUCCGUGUUUUUGUACGAAUUUACACGUCUCCCCACACUGUAAAAUCUACCCCGAGUAAACUGUCUUAUAUAUACCAAUGCGUUGGUUGUGACUCUUACCACCUUCAGCCUGUGGGGAGGGUUAUCCAGAAGGGAAACAGUACCCGGUACAUGCCUGGAUCUGGGCCAGCAGUUCAGCAAGCAUGUGAGCAUUGCGGCAAACACUUCAAUAUGGGAGGGCCUAUAUGGUCGGCACCCAUUCAUAACAUGCCAUGGGUCAAUAGCACCCUAUCGCGAUUAUGUGCCAUGAAGCGCAGAUAUCCUGCAUUCGAAAAGGUCCAUAGCAUCUUGACUACCGUAGCAGAGGAGCUUGAGGACUGCCCACUGUACCUGAGCUUGCAUUCAAUAUGUGGCACCUUGAAGUGCACCCCGCCAUCUGGGGCCAUGUUCCGGUCAGCUAUUGUGAACGCGGGGUACCGAAUCUCGAACACGCAUGCAAAUCCACUCGGGCUCAAGACAGACGCUCCGUUUGACGUAAUUUGGGAUAUCAUGAGAUGCUGGGUCAAGUCACACCCCGUGAAACCGCAGGCUGAAGAGACACCUGGGACUCUGAUUUUGAAAAAGGAGCCGGCCUUACAGGCAAAUUUUGCGAGAGUCCAUUCUGCGUUGAGUCGAGCACAGGUGAGCGGCGUCCCUAGAUAUCUGCCGAAUCCUGAGCCUCAGUGGGGUCCGAAACCGCGCGCUGGACGGACUCUGGGACCGAAGCAUAUGGCGUCCCACAGGCCUCCAGAGGGGCAAUCGAUGGCAAAGAAGGCAGAGCGUGAAGGUGAGCACGAGCAUGAAGAGAAUGGUGAACAAGGAAGAGAGUGCAAGAGAGUGCGCUUAGGAACAGAAGAGGCUUUCGGCGAGUGAAAGGCGAUCCGUGGACGCGGGAGGAGAAUGGCCAGCAAGAAACAGAGAGCAACGGCGUGUGCUCAUGACGAGAAGAGGGGUCCGGGGAAUAAAAGGCGACCCAGCGAACGAGAGUAGAACUACUAGCAACAGGAAGAGAGAGCAAGAGUGCGUGCUCGCGAACAGAAAAAAAGAGGCGUCUGGUGUGUAUGUAAGAGGUGAGAGCAUGAGCAGAGGAGAACGACCGACAAAAAGAGAGAGCAAGAGGUACAAAUUAGGGAACAACAGAAAUUUUCAGUGAGAGCCUUAGAGAUGGCACCGCCGGCUGUGGUUAAAGGCCAGCAAUGGUUGACCUUCAAGCGCCGGAGAUGGACGCAUUUUGCGAAUGUGUUAAGUCCAGCAAAUGUGGAAUCGAGGAAUUUUCUUUCUGAUUCGGUUGUCCCUUUGCCUGAUUUGUCC